UGCGCAAGCUCGAGAAAAACGGAAGUACACUACGUGCCGACAAAUCUCCGAUGCUAUGGCUAUUUCCGGUUGAUACAACUAACACAAAUUUUAGGUUCCAACGUGGCUAAUUUUGAAAUGACUCAAUGAUUUUUCUAAUUUGGAUGCCCUUACCUCGUGAAUGAACAAGUGUGUGUGUAUGCUGUGUGUGAAGAACCUCAAGCAUGGAUGCCACAGCAGACUCUGCUCCUCCUCCCCCCGGCGGCUUGUAUAGACUGUACAAGACAGUUUCUAAUAUGCAGAUGAUGGACCUUCAUUACCCACAAGGAACAAUGAAGAGUUCAGGCCAUUUAUGCGCCGCUUACCGGAGUUUAAAUUCUGGUAUUCAUUCACCAAGGCAAUUGUGGUGGCCAUGGUCUGCACGUUUUUCGAGGCCCUCAACAUCCCAGUGUUCUGGCCUAUCCUGGUCAUGUAUUUUAUCAUCCUCUUCACCCUCACCAUGAAGCGACAGAUAAAGCAUAUGAUCAAGUACAGAUACCUUCCAUUUUCUCACGGCAAGGCACGCUACAAGGGCAAGGAGGAUACUGGAAAAGUGGUGUCCUCCUAAUGUCAGCAGGAGGCUAGGCUCUAUCUAGAGAGAGAGAGGGAGGGAGAAAGAGAAAUUGAAUGUGUGAGUGCGUGUGCCAUGUGGCACACAAGUUAGGCUCAUACCAAGUACGCUUGCGGCUGGAGACAUAUGUUGCUAAUUUUCAGAAACAACCACAGUUAUCAACAGUUAGGGUUGCCAGUGUUGUUGAAAGUGUGUAAGGCUGUUACAAAACCCUUAAGUCUAUAAGUUUGAGGGGAAAAGGAAAAAAACAGAAAAA